AUGCUGGACCAUGGUGCCCUCACCCCACCACCACCCCAGACUGUGAGCACCCAAAGCCUACACCCGGUGCUCAGAGAUGCCACCGAGCAUGGGGACCUCAACAGCCACCACUGCCAGGACCAUUCCGACGAGGAGACCCCCACCUCCGACGAGCUGGAGCAGUUUGCCAAGCAGUUCAAACAAAGGAGGAUCAAGUUGGGCUUCACCCAGGCUGACGUGGGCUUGGCACUGGGCACCCUCUAUGGGAAUGUCUUCUCCCAGACCACCAUCUGCAGGUUCGAAGCCCUCCAGCUCAGCUUCAAGAACAUGUGCAAGCUGAAGCCCCUUCUGAACAAGUGGCUGGAGGAGGCUGACUCCUCCACUGGGAGCCCCACCAGCAUAGACAAGAUCGCAGCUCAGGGCAGGAAGAGGAAGAAGAGGACCUCCAUAGAGGUGAGUGUCAAGGGGGGUGCUGGAGACCCACUUUCUGAAAUGCCCCAAACCCGCAGCCCAGGAGAUCUCCUCCCUGGCAGACAGCCUGCAGCUGGAGAAGGAGGUGGUCCGGGUCUGGUUCUGUAA